AUGUAUCCUAUCAACCAAGGCUGGACCAAGCCGGAUGAAUCCCUCGAAGAGAUGCAUAUCAGUGGCACAGCGGUAAGAGCAGAAAGUGAUAGUGAAAAAUUGAAAGCAUCUGGUCUCGAGGGCAAGUUCACUUUCCAGGACCACAAAGUUACGACCCGUGAUGGCUCGUCUAUCCCCUUGAGAAUCUACACCCCAAACACCACUCCUCCCUUUUGUGCCUCCAUCGCAACAAGCCUGGGAGUUAUCGUGGUGCAUCCUUGCCCCCGCCUUAUUCACGAGGCUAAAUAUCCAACAGCUCACAAUGAUGCCUGGGAUGCAAUCGAGUGGAUUCUGGAACACGCCGGUGCGCUCGGUGGAGAUCUCAGCAAUUUGGUUAUCAGUGGCGUCUCUUCCGGGGCUAACCUGGCCGCCUCUGUAACGCAGCAAUUCUCUGUAUCGGGGAAGGACGCGAACAGCGCGGUCAGACUCAAAGGCCAGAUCCUCAUGGUCCCAUGGCUGGUCCAGCCAGAGGCGUUUCCCUACCACUUGUUCGCCGAUGAGAAGAGACUUCGCUUGUCCAAUGCCCAGAAGCUCUGCGCCUUUCAACGGCGAGAAUGGAAUGGCUCUCGGAAAACCUCGAAGCGGAGGAUAUUAGCGAUCCCCUGA